UACCAUAUUCAGUCCCAAGUACACCACUUCCAAACCCUAUAAAUACAUCCACUCGCUCAUACUUCUUUCUCAAAUCUCAGAUCCAAUCAACUCUCUUUUUCAUAACAGUCCUCAUCAUGCUAUCUCAAGACCCUCCAACCAACACUCCUGCCGCUGCCAAAACUAGAGAAUUCAAUCUCCCUUCCGCCACCAUUACCACCACUCCCACCACCAUCAAAGCCGUAGAGUACAAGAAGUGUAUUGAACCAUCUUCCACUACUCCAAUGGGCCAGAAGCAGUCGCACAAGUGUGACGUGUGCGGAAAGUCUUUUCCGUCAUGCCAAGCACUCGGCGGCCACAAAACCAGCCACCGCAGUAGACCUCCGCCCACCACGCCUCCGCCGCCGCCGCCUCCGAAGACUUCAUCAUCACGAAUGUAUCUGAUUUCAAACCAGGAAUUCAAUCCCCCCGCCGCCGCCAUUAUCACCACUCCCACCACCAUCAAAGCCAUAGAGUACAAGAAGGGUAUUGAACCAUCUUCCACUACUCCACUGGGCCAGAAGCAGUCGCACAAGUGUGACAUGUGCGGAAAGUCUUUUCCGUCAUGGCAAGCACUCAGCGGCCACAGAACCAGCCACCGCAGUAGACCUCAGCCCACCACGCCUCCGCCGCCGCCGCCUCCGAAGACUCCAUCAUCGCGAAUGUAUCUGAUUUCAAACCAAGUGGUAGCAGCUGCACUAUGACGGCAAGAAGAGCAGCGUGAUCACUUCGGAGUGCAGCGCCUCCAGAAAUUGUCUAUUUUCUGGAUUUUGUAUGUAGAAAAGAAUUUCUAGGGUUUUUGUUGGUACAGGAAAUUGAAUCAAUAAAUCGAACAAA